AUGUCGCCCCUGAAUCUGCUUUCGAUCGGAUUGUCGAUUUCCCAGGCCCUGUUGAGCCCAGUCGGUGGGACUCCGCUAUGUUCCUCGAGUACCUUUAAAUUCCCCGAAUUGAAGGGCGCAGAGGUUGUCAGUAUCAGUGCGAAUGCUGUUCACAAUUUCACGGCGCUGUCGCUUAAACCAAGCUCUCCCGAACCAAGAUCUUACACCAUCGACUUCUGCAAUACCACGGUCACCUACACGCAUCCCGGUUGGAACGACACCAUCAACGUCGAGGUUUGGUUGCCACUCGAGCAUCAAAACUGGAAUGGUAGGCUCGAGGCAUUAGGGGGUGGUGGCUACAGUGCUGGGUUUGGUUCCCUGGUUCUGACGCAAGCGGUUGCCGAAGGUUUUGUGGCCGUUGAUACGGAUGGGGGCCAUGAGCCAGGUCCUUAUGCUGCUCAAAAACCAGGGGAUUGGGUGCUCACGAGCCCCGGGAAUGUCAACCUGCAUCUUUUGGAAGACUUCGGCUCCAGGUCUCUGUAUGACAUGACGAUCAUUGGGAAGGCGAUCACCGAGGCGUAUUUUGGCCGUCCUCCGAGAUAUUCAUACUUCGGCGGCUGUUCAGGAGGUGGUCGCCAGGGCCUUAUGAUUGCUCAGAGAUAUCCUGAUCAGUAUGACGGUAUCUUGUCUCUAGCACCGGCUAUCAAUAUUGAAAACCUCAUUCCGGCUGGGUACUGGGCGCAGCAGGUCAUGAAAGGCCUCGGCGUGUACCCGUCGCCUUGUGAGAUCAACGCCUUCACCAAUGCAGCGAUUGAAGCCUGUGAUAUGCUGGAUGGAGUGAAAGAUGGGAUCAUCUCGGCACCGGACCUAUGUGACUUCAACCCGCACAGCGUAGUGGGUCAGAGUAUCCCUUGCAACGAAACCGAAAGGAGGGUCUUUACAGAGGCGGGUGCUAAUGUUGUCGAAGCUGCAUGGGCUGGCCCGCGCAACCCGGCAGGCAACAUUGGCUGGUUCGGUUUGAACAAAGACGCCUCCCUCACAGCCACGUAUAUCAACACCGAAUGCUCAAACGGCACAUGUUCGGCAGCACCAUCUGAGCUCUUGAGCAGUUGGUUCCCGUAUUUCGUUGCCAAAGACCUCGAAUUUGAAAUAUCGAACAUGACCAUCGCAGAAUUUUUCGCCGCGCUCCAGCUUUCGGACAGAGAAUACGAUUCCAUGAUGGCCGCAGCCAGUCCUGACCUCUCUGGAUUUCGUGACGCCGGCGGGAAAAUGAUUUCAUGGCACGGCCUCGCCGAUGAAACUAUUCCUCCCAACGGAUCCAUUGCAUACUACCAGCAAGUACUGGAGCUCGACCCUUCCGCAGAUGAAUUCUACCGGUUAUACGAGGCCCCGGGAGUCGGACACUGUGUAGGUGGUUCUGGACCAUUUCCCCGUUACGCACUAGAGGAACUUAUUGCUUGGGUUGAACAAGGUGUUGUUCCAGAAACUUUGAAUGCCAGCAGGGCCGAUGGAACUGUCCGACCUCUCUGCCCAUAUCCUUCCCAGCAGAUUUACGAGGGUGGAGAUGCCUCAGAUACUAGCUCCUUCGCCUGUUCUUCUAAGCGGGUCGAAGAAAGGGGUCUGAUUGCAGAUGAUUUUCGAUUUUUUCGUCCUUCCUAA